AUGACACUAAAGCACCACACGUCUUUGUCAUGUUAUAACUGUGUUAGCUUUAGGUCAUUUAGAUGUUGUGCUCUUACCUGGAUUCACCUUCUCUGGAUGCUGUUGGUGGUAUUGGCCCCAGAGUCAUGGGCUCACCAGGGUACCCAACCACAUUCCAUCAAGAUUGAGGGGGACAUCACACUGGGGGGGCUAUUUCCAGUGCACUCUCGUGGACCUGCUGGAGUACCCUGUGGAGAAAUUAAGAAGGAGAAGGGCAUUCAUCGUAUGGAGGCUAUGCUGUAUGCUUUGGAUCAGAUCAACAGUGAUCCUGACGUGCUGCCCAACAUAACCCUUGGGGCAAGGAUACUGGACACAUGCUCCAGAGACACCUACGCAUUGGAGCAGUCACUCACUUUUGUCCAGGCCCUCAUCCAGAAAGACAACUCAGAUGUGCGCUGCUCAAACGGUGAACCGCCCAUCAUCCCUAAACCCGAGCGUGUGGUUGGGGUAAUCGGUGCCUCAGCCAGCUCCGUGUCCAUCAUGGUUGCCAACGUUUUGCGACUGUUUGCGAUUCCACAGAUCAGUUAUGCUUCCACAGCACCUGAGCUGAGUGACAACAACCGCUAUGAUUAUUUCUCUCGAGUGGUACCUCCAGAUUCUUUCCAGGCUCAGGCCAUGGUGGACAUAGUUAAAGCCAUGGGCUGGAACUAUGUGUCCACACUAGCAUCAGAGGGCAAUUAUGGAGAGAGCGGAGUUGAUGCUUUCAUACAGAUAUCCAGAGAAGCAGGAGGUCUGUGUAUCGCCCAAUCCAUCAAAAUUCCUAGAGAGCCCAGACCUGGAGAGUUUGACAAGAUCAUUAAGAGGUUAAUGGAGACCUCCAAUGCCAGAGGGGUUAUUAUCUUUGCUAAUGAAGAUGAUAUCAAACGGGUUCUUGAGGCGGCAAAGACAGCCAAUUUGACGGGUCACUUCCUAUUUGUGGGCUCUGAUAGCUGGGGAGCCAAGAUCUCUCCCAUUUUAAACCAAGAGGAUGUGGCAGAGGGAGCUGUCACCAUCCUGCCCAAAAGGGCAUCUAUUGAAGGUUUUGACCAAUACUUCACCUCAAGAUCCCUGGAGAAUAACAGGAGAAACAUCUGGUUUGCUGAAUUUUGGGAAGAUGAUUUUAAGUGCAAGCUGACACGACCAGGCGUAAGAGUAGACACUGGCCAAAGGAAAUGCACAGGCGAGGAACGGAUCAGCAGAGACUCUCCGUAUGAGCAGGAGGGGAAAGUACAGUUUGUGAUUGAUGCUGUGUAUGCUAUGGCCCAUGCCCUACACAACAUGCAUUUGGACCUCUGCCCUGGAGCCACAAACGUCUGUGACAAAAUGGACCCUGUGGAGGGAGGCAUGCUGCUUAGUUAUAUCCGAGCAGUUAAUUUCAAUGGCAGCGCAGGAACCGGGGUGAUGUUUAAUGAGAAUGGAGAUGCACCAGGACGUUAUGAUAUAUUCCAGUACCAGCUCUCCAAUACUACUAACCCUGGCUAUAAGAACAUUGGCCAGUGGACAAACCACUUACGACUGAAUGCUGAAGAAAUGCAGUGGUCUGGGGGAGACAGGCAGGUUCCAGACUCUGUUUGCAGUUUCCCUUGUGAAUCAGGGGAGAGGAAGAGGAUGGUGAAGGGCGUGCCGUGCUGCUGGCACUGUGAACUGUGUGAUGGUUACCAAUACCUCCUGGAUGAGUUCAACUGUGACACCUGCCCCUUCGACAUGAGACCCACCCCGAAUCGCACAGGCUGUCGUCCUACCCCCAUCAUCAAGCUGGAGUGGAGCUCUCCCUGGGCCAUCAUUCCUGUUUUCUUGGCCGUGUUGGGCAUCCUAGCGACCUCCGGCGUCAUCAUCACCUUCAUCCGCUUCAAUGACACGCCGAUCGUGCGUGCUUCUGGCCGAGAGCUCAGCUACGUGCUGCUCACCGGCAUCUUCCUCAUUUAUCUCAUCACCUUCCUCAUGAUUGCCGAGCCAGGGGUGGUGGUGUGCGCCUUCCGCAGACUGCUGCUGGGUUUGGGCAUGUGUAUCAGCUACUCGGCCAUGCUCACCAAGACCAACCGGAUUUACCGCAUCUUUGAACAGGGCAAGAAGUCAGUCACGCCCCCCAAGUUCAUCAGCCCUACCUCACAGCUGAUCAUCACUUUCAUUCUCAUCUCAGUGCAGCUUUUAGCGAUUUUCAUUUGGUUUGGCGUGUCUCCCCCACACACAAUUAUUGAUUUUGAGGAGCUGCGUCCCCCCAAUCCGGAGUUUGCACGCGGUAUCUUGAAGUGUGACAUGUCUGAUCUGUCUAUUAUUGGCUGCCUGAGCUACAGUAUUGUCCUUAUGGUCACGUGCACUGUCUAUGCCAUCAAAAGCAGAGGAGUACCUGAGACUUUUAAUGAGGCCAAGCCCAUUGGCUUCACCAUGUACACCACCUGUAUCAUCUGGCUGGCAUUUGUGCCCAUCUUCUUUGGAACAGCUCAGUCAACUGAGAAGAUGUUCAUCCAGACCACCACUCUGACCGUGUCCAUGAGUCUUAGCGCCACUGUGUCUCUAGGCAUGCUCUACAUCCCCAAAGUAUAUGUCAUCAUUUUCCACCCGGAGCAAAAUGUGCAGAAGCGAAAACGUAGCUUCAAAUCCGUUGCCCAGGCUGCCACAGUCUCCACACAUCUCUCCCAGAAAUCCAAUGACAAGCAGAACGGGGAAACCAAAAUUGAACCAGACAGAUCUCAGUAA